AUGGAUGAAAACUUAGUUAGUGCCAGUAACAAAGAGUUCCUAGAAGAAGUGUCCCCUUCAAGACUUCAACACUGCAUCUCAGAGCUGUUCAGGAUGAUGUUUGCUAGAAAGGAAGACGACGUUGCACUCUACAAAGCUUUUAUCAAGACCAAAGCAUCUUCAAAGAAUUUUAAGAUCAAAAUGUUUGACCCAGCUGAUGAGCUUGUUGAUAGAACCAUUGCUGAUCUUAAAGAUCGAGAAAAAGAUCGCCAAAAUUUGGAGAAUGAUUACCUUGAUGAGCUUAGAAUCUACGACCUUUCAGUAAUCCCAGAUUUUUGGAAGAAAUAUGCUAAGAAAAUGCUAUUAUUGCUUAUGGAAAAAGAAGAAGAGAAAGUAAUUGAGCCUAGCAGGAGCAAAUUUGACAAGUCCCUAGUCAAGACAAAAGUGCCCUCCUGCUUCCACUUGAAUUACGUCAUGAGUCAGGCAAAUACUGAUUGAGAUACGUUUCCGUUAUGAGAAGAACAGGAUGAAGAUGGAGAUAUUCCUCUAAAAUUCAUGUUUCUAAACAACGAUACAAUAAGCCAGAUCAUUCAAAACUAUGCUAAUCAUAAGUACAACUAUCAUCUGCUGCUAUCUACCUGCAUUCAGAAGUCAAGGGUAAAACUUGCUGAUCAGAUUAACCUCUUCUCUGCAGACUUGAAUAAUCUUAUGAGAAAAGGACCCAUUGGCAAAAACAAGAAGAUUAUCUUCAAAUGGCUGCAGAGCAGCUACAAGGAGAAUAUCGAAGCAUAUGGUGAAGAAAGUGGAGAGAAGCCACAGGCUUCUUCUUCAAUCACUGAUGCAGAGAAAUGCUACAAAUUAAUGAUGCUUCAGAAUACCAAGAUUUCGAAGAUCUUAAAAGACUCUAGAUCUACUUAUGAAGACAGGAAGAAUGGCAUCAUCAGGGUUCCAACCCCAGUCCCUGUAAGCAAGCCAAGUAAGAACUCUAAGAAAAAGAAAGGAAAGAAGAAGAUCAACACUGGCAUUGACUUUGUUAUGGUCGUUAAGGGAUCUGACAAGAAGGUCGAAGAGAUUAGAGUCAGAGACUCCAAUAUGAAGAAUAAGAAUGAGGCUCAUACCCCCAAAAUUAAAGAUGAAACCAAGGUCUCUACUUAUGAAGAUAAGGAGAAUUCUCCUGAUUAUGAAACCAAAAUUGCUAAGUAUAUGAAAGGGUUGGAGAAAGCAUACUUGCAGGAAAGGAACGGCAAGGACCUCAAGAAAGUCAAAAUUAAAGCAUCAGCAAGAAUAAUUCAAAAAGCAUGGAGAUUUUUCAGAAUAAGAAGGGACAUUCUUAAAAAUCAAAAUUUUGCAGAUUAUGACCAGCUCGAUACUUCAGUAGUUAACAAGAUCAUACUAAUCCAAAGGGGCUUUAGGAAUACUGCCUGAAGGAGAAAAGAGGCUAAAGAGCGAACUGAGAAGUUAAAAACUGUGUAUUUUGGAAGAAAGAUUUUCAACAGGUUGAAAUUUUUAAGAAAAAGAAAACUCUCAAUAAACCAGUAUACGCCAGAUCAGUCUUCUUCUUUACUGAGGAAAUAUAGUUCAUACCUUCCUCAAAUUCUGGUACUGCAAAAGUUCAUUACUAAAACUCUAAAAUCAAGAUGAUUGCUCAAGAAGUUGGUAUUAACCUACUCAAAUGCAAAAAUUUCCAGUCAAACCCCUUGCCAAAACAGGGCUCUGACAGCGACUAAAAAUAUUGAGACUGAACUCAUCAGAAGAAUUAUGUUCCUCGAUAUUGAAAUCUCAAUGAUGGAUAAGUACCUUGCAUCAGCUGAAGAAGCAGAUGCCAAAUUACUGCAGCAACUUGAAGGGAGCGGAGCUAUGAAAAGUCAUGGAGACAAUCAGUUAGAGAAGUACCUCCAGACACAACCUAAGUAUUCAGGCUGGGAACAAGUAGAAGAUGACAACGGAUCAACAGUCUGGAUAAACCAUAAACUUAGAAAGAAAGCCAAGAAACAUCCAGGAAUGAAAGAACUAGUUGGAGAGCUCAAAAAAGAAAUUUUACAGGAUAAGGAUACCCAGUAUAUGAUAGUUAGUGAAAGAAGAGAUAAGUUUGCACAGAUAAAGGCUCACCUACUUAACCACAGACACCCUCACCUAAGAUCCCUGAGACUUGCCUUAUUGCAGGAUCAGAACUCAUAA